GUACUCUUCUUCUUUGGCUGCCUGCAAAACUCCCUUCUUUCUUCACCACAAAUGAAGAAGAAUUUUCCUGGCUUUUUAAAAUUUUUCGUAUUCCUCUUAUUAUAAGCAGAUAGAUAGUGCCAACAAAUCCCAAGUUCUCUUCUUGUUUUUGAAAAACAAAAACAAACACCUCUCUCUCUCUUGAUAUUUCACCAUCAUCAUCUUCUUCAAGAACAGGAAAAGGAAGAGAAAAGAGAAAGACAAAAAGGGUGUUUUUUACUGCAACAUCUAAUCCCUUUUCUCUUUUGAAUUUUUUUUGUUAUUAUUAUUGUCGUUGUUGUUUCUGCCAUGUCAAAUAUCUCAGGUGAUGGUGCAGUUCUCAGUUUCUCUUCAUCUCCAUCUGGUGGUACCGGUGGAGAUGAAGCUCACCAUGAACAUCAACAACAAGAGCUCCCCAUUCACUUCCAUGGAGGCUCCACCUCAACCAACACCACUACUCAGAAGCAAAAUCAACCUCCUCCUCCUCCUCUUCCUCCUCCAGCCAUUAAAAAGAGAAAGAGAAAUCUCCCAGGAACUCCAGAUCCGUCUGCUGAAGUGAUUGCUCUAUCGCCACGCUCUCUACUGGCGACGAACCGUUUCGUGUGUGAGAUUUGCCACAAGGGUUUUCAAAGAGACCAAAACUUGCAGCUGCACAGACGGGGCCAUAAUCUGCCAUGGAAGCUCAAGCAAAGAAGCAGCAAUGAGGUGAGAAAACGGGUGUAUGUUUGCCCCGUUCCGACGUGCGUUCAUCACAAACCGGAUCGUGCAUUGGGGGAUCUCACCGGAAUCAAGAAGCACUUCAGCCGGAAGCACGGUGAGAAGACAUGGAAAUGUGAGAAGUGCUCUAAAAAAUAUGCUGUUUAUUCCGACUGGAAAGCUCAUUCCAAGACUUGUGGUUCUAAGGAAUACAAUUGCGACUGUGGAACCGUCUUUUCCAGGAGAGACAGUUACCAUACUCACAGAGCCUUCUGUGAUGCCCUAGCUGAAGAGAACAACAAGGUCAACCAGGGGGCAAUGGCUCACACUGGUUCGAACCCACAAACCCAGAAGGCUCCUGAGCUCGUGCUGCCGAAACCUAGUCUGAACAUGGCGGCGCCAACGCGAGCCAUGUUCUCCAACAACUCUCUAGGAAGAGGCAGCUCGUUUUCUACAGCUUCUUUAUCGGCCACCGCACUGCUGCAGAAGGCGGCUCAAAUAGGCGCCACUGCCAGUAAAGAUACCGGAGGUAACAUGAACAUCCCAGUUCCUUCUUCUCUGCUCACAAACAUGGCGCCACCGUCAUUUGCCAACACAAUGCAGCCACACAUUCAUCAGAACGACCAGACUUUGAACCCGUUAUUCAACAAUGAAGUAGCGGUUGGUGAUCAGCGGGCAGCCAUGAACGACCCUGGAAUGUUUUACAGGUUCUCAGAUCAUCAAAAUAAUCCAUUAAUGAAACAUCUGAACCAGCAGGCGGGCAUUAAGAGCACUCAUAAUUAUAAUAAUAAUAAUCUGGAUUACAAUUUAGGUUUAAGUAGCAGUAAUAAUACAAGUACCGGAGCAAACUAUAAUAACUCAACCGGCUUCUCAUCAAGAUUUGGUGGUGGAGACAUGAUGACCGUUGAUUUCCUAGGAGUUGGGAGGCCAGCAGAUAUCAGGAACCUGCAUCAUGAUCAGCAUCAAGCAAGGCUUCAUCAAGUGCAAGCACUGAACAAUUUUCAGCAGCAUGCAGCAAUGGGGAAGCAGAUGUGGGGAGUCUAGCUUGCUAGAAAAAUAGAAAAGCCUUUUUAAUUUUAGUUAAUUUAAUAAUAAAUUCUAGUUAUUGAAACUUUUUCGGUGGAACUAAGAAGAAUCAUGCAUGCAUGUCUUACUAAGAGUAAGGCAUUGAGGAUUUUGGUUUAAGAUAUAUUAAUUUUAAUUGCAUUUUAAUUAGACUUAA